CGUGCGCUCCUGCGCCGCGCGUGCCGCCACGACGCCCCGUGGCCAGGGGCGCACCGCGCUCGGACAUGACGCUCUCGACGGCCUCGCGUCGCGCAACGCUGGCGCACCUACCCACCGCGCCACGGCCGCCGUUCGUCUCGACAGGAGUCCAUCCAUGGCCACCCUCGCGCCACGGCCCCGUCUUCUCCUCGCCCUGAGAAGGCCGCAGCCUAGAAGGCUCAGCGCCCGCGCCGCCGCCCCCUGCGCUCGCCGCGCCCCCGUGUCACCGCAGGCCGCGCGGCCGCGGCGCGUCUUCCUCGGCCUUGGGGCCACCGUCAUCGAUCAGGUCGCCCGCAUGGCCUCCGGCGGCACCUCGUCCCGCUCUUUCGUUGCCGGAGCGCGGCCGAGGCAAGGGGUUUCCCCAGUCGAGCAGAUUCUGAAUAAUGUGGAGUGGCCCGAUGAGUUCCCUUUCAAGCCUGAGGACUUCAGCCGCUUCGACGAAUCAUCAGAUACUCUGUUCUACUCUGUUCCCCGUUUUGUCACUCACAUUGAUGACGAAGCAAUCCGAGCUCUCACAGAGUACUACUCUGAAGUUCUUCCUCCAAGUAAUACUCCUGGGGUGUCCAUUCUGGACAUGUGCAGCAGCUGGGUGAGCCAUUAUCCUCCCGGUUACAGACAGGAGAAGAUUGUGGGGAUGGGUAUGAAUGAAGAUGAACUGAAAAGGAACUCGGUAUUGACCGAGUAUGUUGUGCAAGACCUCAAUGUGAACUCAAAGCUUCCUUUCGAAGAUAACACUUUCGAUGUCAUCACCAAUGUGGUUAGUGUAGACUACUUGACAAAACCCAUAGAUGUUUCCAAGGAGAUGCGGCGAAUACUCAAGCCAGCCGGCCUUGCCAUAAUGAGCUUUUCAAAUCGGUGCUUUUGGACAAAAGCUAUAUCUAUAUGGACAUCAACUGGUGAUGCUGAUCAUGCUUGGAUAGUGGGUGCUUACUUCCAUUAUGCUGGAGGCUUUGAACCUCCUAAGGCAGUUGAUAUAUCUCCAAAUCCAGGACGAACUGACCCAAUGUACGUUGUAUACUCCAGAAAGAAAACAGCGUAAACCAAAUAAUGUACUUUGCAAGGUGACAGGUACCCAAUGCAAACUUAAAAGGCAUCAUGACAUUAGGACUCUGUCAAUGACACGUUAUUGGAAGUUAGGGAUCUGCCGGAGAAACUCUAACGCACCGACUAGAAACAACACGGUGUGUAAUCUGUACGAUGUCUGCCAUGGGAGUCCCAUACGGAAAGAAUAUACUAAUCCAAGUACGGGGCCGAAUCAGAGAAAUAUACUAAGGCUGUGUUUGUGUUUAGAUUCGUAAAAUAGUGGUAAAAAAGAUCACAUCGGACACUGUGGCACAUUGUAACACUUUUCGUUUGUUUGUGGUAAUUGUUGUCCUACCAUGACCUAAUUAGGCUCAAAAGAUUCGUCUCGUCGUGUACAUCAAAACUAUGCAAUUAGUUUUUUUAUUUAUC